AUGUCUUCUCCAACAACCCCAGUAGUCCUCAUCAUACCUGGCGGUUGGCACAAACCCCAAUCCUACAUCAAGCUACACGAUGCACUUGCCUACGUAGGUUUUAGGGUUUCCAUACCAGAGCUGCCCUCCACCAAUGGCUCUCGCCCACCGAAUUCAGAUCUCGCUACCGAUACCGCGCACGUACGUGCCACUGUCGAAGAACUUAUCAAGCAAGGCGACGAAGUAAUCGCCUUGAUGCAUUCUUAUGGCGGGCAAGUCGGUACCAAUGCCCUCUCAAGCUUUUCCAUCGCAAGCAGACAAAGAGCAGGGCUAAAAGGUGGUGUGAAAGACCUCAUAUACAUGAGCGCAUGCGCUGUAUCUGAAGGAAAGAGCAUGAUGGACAUGGUCCGGCACUUCGGCCACGAAUCACUCAUACCACUAGCAUUCGAUUUCGCAGACGACAUGACGUGCGUGAGUCGCGAUCCCAAGACUUUGCACGUUGGCGCGGAUUGCGGACUACCGGCUGGCGAGAUCGACAAGUAUGUUGACACCCUGGUACGCUGGAAUGGCCAGUGUAUGUAUGAUGUGCUCACGACUGACCGGUGUGCGUGGCGCGAUAUUCCGGUUACAUAUAUUCAUUCGGCGAAGGAUAUGGCCAUUCCGUACGAUUACCAGAAGUGGCUUGUGGAGGGUAUGAGGAAAGAGGGUGUGAGGGUGCAGGUUGCGACAUUGGAGACGGGUCACUGUCCGAAUUUGACGGCGACGGAGGGUGUUGUGGAUGUUGUGCGGAAAGUGGCUACUGGUGAGCAACUGGAAGACAAAACAGAGGUGGAAGAGAUGGCAAGUACAGAGCGCGUGCAAGAUACUAUGGCGGGUAUCGGAGCUGAGAAUCCUUAG